AAAGAAAAAAAGUGAUCUCUGGCUGAGCAGUGGGACCACUACAGGCAGUGACUUAAUUGAGAGCGGAGGCCUCGUUCAUAUUCGGGGGCAGAAAUUCCCCAAACCAAAACCCUCCGCCCGCACCACCGCAGAUGAGUGUGGACGGCGAAAUCAGCGGCCAUCGGCCCAGCUCGGCGCCGCCGCCGCCGGCGACCCCGCUGGACAACGACGACGUCCUGGCCCAGAUCCUUCUCCGCCUCCCGCCGCGGCCGUCCUCGCUCCCCCGCGCGUCGCUCGUCUCUAAGCGGUGGCGACGCCUCGUCUCCGAUCCCCAUUUCCGCCGCAGCUUCCGCGCCCACCACCGGAAGCCACCCCUCCUCGGUUUCUUCUCCAAAGACAACAGACGUAAUAUUGUCUUCACUUCCGCGCCGGAUCCGCCCGACCGCAUUCCCAAGGCGCGCUUCUCCUUGCGGCUUGACAAGGGCAGCAGAGUCUUCAGCUGCCACCAAGGCCGCGUCCUUGUCAGCAACGAGAAACGGCUCCAUUUCUCGGUGUGGGAUCCUGUCGUCGGCGACCAGCGCCGCGUGGCCUUCCCCCCGGCGUUCCGUGGUGAUAAGGUGUUCGCUGUUAAAAGGAGCAAGACCGGCGCAUGGGGCAAUCUCAUCUCAAUAUUGUGGCCGCCUAAUAUGACUCUUUCUAGUGAUUCUAUCAGUACCCUGGUUGGAAAUUCCAUUUGCUGGGUGCUUACUGUGUACCGCACUUUUGCUACACUUGAGUUUGAUUUGGAUAGGCAAAGCCUGGCUGUUAUAGAGGUAUCACAAGAUGUGUUUGACCCGGACGAGGUUGGCAGGGAUGGCUAG